AUGGGGCAGGAGUUUGCACAAGCAUCGCGCACGCCAGAUCACCACGCCGAUCCGCCCCAGGAGAUCUUGACAGAGGUUUGGCUCGGGAUUAAGGCGCUGGACACUGCACGCGAUGCCGCGCAUUGGAACAAGCAAUAUCAGCGUCUCGUUAGAACAAUGCAAUAUGUCACGGCCAGAUGGAGAAUCCUUUCUGCAUCAGAGACACCUUUGGGAGCCAUCGAUGGCUCUAAUCAUAUCAAUUGGACAGUUGGGACCGCCGACGAGGUCCAUGCCACCCGACAUGCGGAAAUGGCCGAUACACUUGAACAAGCAGUGGACUCCGCACUCCAUGAGGCUGUUCAGAUUGAGUGCAUUUACGAACACGUGGAGGAAGAUGCCACGGAGAUGGAGGACUGUCUUGCGGUGAUUGGAGAGCGGAUUGAAUGCAGUGUGCAAGAGGUGCACGCUAUCAACAAUGCAUUGGAACGAUCCAUCAACAAUGUGAAAACACUGACACUCGAGAUGAUGGGGACAUUAUCGCAGCUCGAUUCGGCCAUGACCUCGGUAUCCGACCGUAUUACCCAGAUGAGCGCGCGACUUCCGCCGUCGUUACCGAAUGAACAUGCCGUCCAAUUUGGCCAGUAA